AUGCCAGCCUUCACCGUCCUGAGCGGCGGCAUACAGACACGCCGCGCCCGCGUCGUGUUCAUCGCCCUUCUCAUCAUCAUCUUUGUGCUCUUCCUGAACAACUCUGCGCGAUCAGCAGCAGCCGGCGUAAGCAAUGGCAAAACCACCACCACCACCGGCGGUGAUGCCGGCAAGCAACCCCUCGGAAACCAGGACAAGGACAAGGAACUACCAGUAGCACACGGCGAACCCGAUACUGCCGCAGACAAGCUCAAGGCCGAUGCGGAGGGCCAAGACUCAUACCGCAACAAGGACGAGGAGCUGGCCAAGCAGCCGCCUACGGACGCCGGCCGACCCAGUGAUCCGAAACCCAGCGCUCCCGCAUCGUCGCCGAUGCCGCCGACACCGCCGCCGGCAGCGGACUGUGAGUCCUUCGAGAACUGGAUGCGCUCGAAGCCCGGCCCGUUGUCCGAAGGCAAGCGCAAGUUCCCGCUCAACCGGCCCCGGCCGGAAUGUCGCACAUUCCGCCUCCCCGCCAUGGACAACCUCAUCACCCGCAUGAAGGGCGUCAUCAAGGACCCGGACCUGUACCGCCUCUUUGAGAAUGCGUACCCCAUGACGCUUGACAGCAUGGUCAAGUGGCGGGGGUACGCCAACGAGACUGACAAGGCCACGGGCACGUCUAAGGCGACAGACCAGGAGCUCACCUAUGUCAUCACCGGCGACAUUGACGCCCUCUGGCUGCGCGACUCGGCUGAGCAGAUUAGCCCUUACCUGCCCCUGCUCGAGGCCUCGCGGGACCCAAACUCCCUCGCCAGCCUCUGGCGCGGCCUCAUCAACGCUCACUCGCGCUACAUCAUCAUCUCGCCCGGUAUCCCGCCGACGCACAACGGCGCGUACGUACACAACCAUCCCAUGCCGGCGUACGACCCGGAGAAGGUGUUUGACUGUAAGUGGGAGCUUGACUCGCUGGCUUCGUUUCUGAAAAUGUCCGUCUCGUACGCGGAGAAGACGGGCGAUUGGCAGCACUUCAAUAAGUACCACUGGAUCGACGCCGUAGAGGCUGCCGUCAACGCCGCGGGCGCGAUGCGGCUGGGCACCUACUCGCCCGAGGGAAAGGUGGAAAAGUCGGCGUGGACGUUUACGGGGUGGACGAACCGCGGUAGCGAGACGCUGACCAACGAUGGACUGGGGAACCCGAUCAAGGAGAACGGCAUGAUUCGCACUGCGUUCCGCCCUUCGGACGACGCCUGUAUCUUCCAGUUCUUGGUACCGGCCAACAUGAUGUGGGCAAAGUACCUCGAGUCGGCGUCUGAGAUCAUGGCUAAGCUGGACGGCGAAAAGGCCAAGAACCUCACACUUGAGAUGCGCGCGCAGGCCUUUGGGAUCCGGCAGGGUAUCGAAAAGGAUGCCAUUGUGCACCGGCCUGGGUUCGGUGACAUUUUCGCGUAUGAGGUGGACGGCUACGGUGGCGCGAACCUGAUGGACGACGCCAAUGUGCCGUCUCUCCUGGCUAUGCCGCUCUGGAACUUUACGCACUCCAAGUUCAAGUACCCCGACCCGCCAAAGGGCGAGAAGCUGCACGACUACACCGAGGUCUACCGCAACACGCGCAAGUACGUUCUCAGCGACGCGAACUCGUACUACAUGAAGGGCCCCAUCAUCUCCGCUGUUGGCGGGCCACACGUUGGGCCGGGCAAAGCGUGGCCCAUGGCGGCUGUAAUUGCUGCGAUUACUGCAUACGAUCCCAUCUCUGGUAGCAAGGACCCGGAGAAGGAUGUCGAGGAACAGUUGCGGAUGGUGCUGGAUUCGACGGCCGGCUCUGGCGUUUUGCACGAGAGCGUCAACAGCUGGAACGACAACGACUGGACGCGUGCGUGGUUCGGGUGGGCGAAUGGGUUGUUUGGGGAGUUGGUGUUGAAGAUGGAAGAGGAGGAAAAGAAGAAGGGCGGCAGUGGUGGGUUAUUGGGCAAGAGUUGGCAGGGUUCUUCGGGAGCUGCCCCCGCUGCGCCGUAG